CACAGGGUUUAGAGGAUUGUGAUUACGGAGAGACAGAGGAAGAGAGAGAGAGAGAGAGAGAGAGAGAUUAAACAUACACAACUGUGUUAAUCCUCAGAGGGGACAGAUUUAUAGGUUUAGACAGAAAAACCCUCCUGGUUUUGAGCACAGGAGCCAUUUAUAUGGAGCGUUUGUGGGAAAAGUGGACUUGGAGGAGGAAGACUUGAGCCUGAGGGAGACAAGAGGAACAUUUCUUUUCCAGCCUCGGGAUUUUUUUUUCACUUCCCAGCUGCUGAGUUCUGCGCUCUCUCCAAUUCUUCCCUCUUUUAUUUUAUCUUAUUUAUUUAUUUACUUGUUUUUACUGAACACCUGUGUCCCUCACGAGCUAAAGACAACCAUGAAGGACCGACUGGAGCAGCUGAAAGCGACUCGUGACCAUGACGACGAGGACGUGGAGAUGGCUGUGGAUAACGCAGCGUUCAUGGACGAUUUUUUUAUCCAGAUCGAAGAAAUCAGAAACAGCAUCAAUAAGAUCGAUGAAAACGUAAAUGAAGUGAAGAAACUUUAUUCCGUUAUCUUGUCUGCGCCAACCUCUGAUCAGAAAACACAAGAUGACCUGGAAGCUCUUACCAAUGACAUUAAAAAGAUGGCCAACAAUGCACGCAAUAAGCUGAAGUCCAUUGAGAGGGAUCUUGAGACCGGCGAAGGGGAGAGAGUGUCAGCUGACAUAAGAAUACGCAAGUCACAGCAUGCAGUUCUCUCCAGGAAGUUUGUGGACGUGAUGACAAAAUACAACGAAGCUCAGGUGGACUUCAGAGAUAAGAGCAAAGGACGCAUCCAGAGACAGUUAGAGAUCACUGGUAAAGUCACUACUGAUGAGGAGCUGGAGGAAAUGCUGGAAGGGGGCAAUGCAGCAGUCUUCACUGCCGGGAUCGUGGAUUCGGGAAUCUCCAAGCAGGCGCUAAACGAGAUCGAGUCUCGUCACAAAGACAUCGUACGUCUGGAGAGCAGCAUAAAGGAACUGCACGACAUGUUCGUGGACAUCGCAAUGCUCGUAGAGAGUCAGGGGGACAUAAUUGAUAACAUAGAGGCAAAUGUGUCAAAAGCAGAGGAUCAUGUUGCAGCAGCAAAGAUUGAAACCAAGAAAGCUGUGAGGUAUCAGAGCAAAGCACGGAAGGGUGGGAUAAUUGACAGGAUCGAGAGCAACAUGGACCAGUCAGUGGGCUUUGUGGAGCGGGCGGUAGCCGACACCAAAAAAGCCGCCAAAUAUCAGCAGGAGGCGCGGCGCAAAACGGUGAUUAUAGUGUGUGUAGUACUGGUGCUUCUUGGCAUUAUUGCAUUGAUAAUAGGGCUCUCUGUAGGACUUACACGGUCAUAAAGUCACUAUAGUUGAAAAUGAUCAUCGUGGGUGUGAUCUGUGCUGUGGUUCUGAUCAUCAUUGUAAUCAUCAUCCUCACACAGACACUCUGAGACCACGCCUGUAUUUGUGACCCCUCCCCACUCUAGUCCUUUAUCCAUCUGUGGCAUUCAUGGUCCCCUCUUAUCUCUCUCAUCCCUGCUCGAGAGGUGACACAGAAAGUAAACACCAUUUCCAUCUGUCAUUGCUUCUUCCUGCCUUCCACCAACAUAUGGACAGACGGAUGGACAAUUCCUCACCCCAGCUGUUUAAAAGCAUGCUUUCUUUUACAGCACUUUGACCGUUGGGGACGUUGCAAAGCAAGUUUAUAGUUUUGCAUAUAACAGAGAGGACUAUUUUGUUGAAGUAUGGAUUGUACAGAGAAAUAGACCUCACCUUUUUUUUCUAAAUAUAUUUUUAAUAGUGUGCUUUACACCAAAGACUUGACAAAUCAUCCGAGGAACUUAGUCUUACUGUAUUAUGUAAUUUAUUAGUUUAAUUUUCUCCUUCAACGCCUUUACACACACGUGCCAUUUCAUAUACCUCUAAGGAGAAUGACUGCCCAGGAAAAUGCCUCCCCGAUUCUCUCGAUCUAAAUCCAAUACACAAUUGAGAGAUACUCGAUUCUUUCAGUACUUGAGUUUCGAUAACACUUUGAUCACCUGAUAUUUCUGUCCAAUAUUUUGAUCAAAGUUCAUCUUUAAUGAUGUGUAAUCAUGUGCAGGAAUGUGUCAGGUAUGUCUCAUUUCACUGGAAUUUGAUUGACAAUUAUAAUUAUAAUAAUUAUAUUAUUAAUGGAAGCAAUCUGAUGAGUCCGUUGGCUCAUUUGUGAACGCAGUCUUCAGUAGACCCACAACUAGGAAGGAUAAAGUGCAAUUAAAUUGUGAUUUAAAUCUUCAUACUUUUUGGUAAUAAAAUGAGGAGAAGAAGAAGAAAAAGAAAUAUAAUGUCACUUAAAUAAAUGAUUUUAUAUUUUUUACUUGUGUGUGUGUGUGUGUGUGUGUGUGUGUGUGUGUGUGUGUGUGUGUGUUUAAGUGAAUGAGUGGAAUUGUAUAUUGCACUUGAAAAAAAAAGUUAAGCAAAUGUUUCUUGCUUUUUAUUUGGGAUCAUAUUGAAAAUGGUAAACUUGCAGUAAUAACUGCUCCCUUUUUUGCCCUUUAUUUUUUUAGCCCUGAUUAUUUGACUCUUUUAUCCAAACGAAGGUGUAAAGUCUCGGUCUCAAAUUGUCAUUUUAGUAAAAAAAAAAAAAAACCACCAACAAACAAAAAACCCCACAAAAUAUUUAAUUCUGGUUAAACUGUUUAGCUAGUUGAAGAUUUAACAAGCAAAUAUAUCUGGAUGUUGAUUGAUCUAAAGCAAGUCCUUGUACUUGCUUAAUCAAAUCCUUCUGAGAGUGGUACCUCAGUGGUUUCAAACUCCAACAUCUCCAAGCUGCCACUCUUGGGUACUUGAGAAAGGCCCUUAACCUUCUAUGUUUCAGUGGUGCUGUAUCACGGCUGAUUCUGUGCUCUGACCCCAGCUUCUAUUAUUGCUUGGAUAUGCAAAGAAAUAAAUUGAAUGUGCUGUUUUACAUGUGACGAGUAAAAAACCCACAUUACCUUUUCCUCAUGUAUACAGUAUAAAUCAGGGGUCUCAAAACAUUUGUCUGUGAGGGCCACAUAAUUUAUCCUUUCUGCAACAGUUGGUCUGUAACAGUAAAUAACGUGCCGGAGUGAAUACCAGCAUUAAUGUGGAGAUUUUAUCACGAUUUUAUUUAUAAUGUCCCCUAAAGCUAGAAUUGUUUAUUAUUUAGUUUAUAAAGAAUUGGGCUACGUUAAUAACUUAGAGAAAUUAUAUAAAGCCAACCUUUAUUAUUACAUACAGAUGAAACAUAUGCUUUAAAUCCAAAUUUCUAUAUAUGUUUAAAGAGCCGUUCCAAAUGUGGGUCGUAUUUGGCCCAUAGGCUGUAGUUUGGGGGACCGCAGGUAUAAAUCAUUUAAAGGUUUAUGAAGUUUUCUUGAAAUUACGAGUUACAACCUCUACACGAAUGCAGCGUUUUAAUUACCCUGAACAGAUAACGGUUCUGAAGGCUAAGUGUAAUGGAUUUUCUGACAGUAUUAUGAAUCAUGCAUGUGAUGUUAACCCAAUCUGACCAACCCAAAAUAUUGCGUAACCAGCAAGGAGGUAGUUGUAAAUUCUAGUCCUGCUGAUUUCCUGCACUUUUUUUUAUCACCAGGCUGCACUUUUAUAUCAUAUGCUUAUCAGGUUAUCACACUAAAGCAGCUGUGUUAGAGCAGGGAUAAAUGCUCAAACAUAAAGUGUGAGAACAUCUAAGGGGCCCAGUUUUUUUUUUUCAACACACAAAUAUGCUUCAUGAGACACAAUUAGCUGAAGCUUUGGACACACAUGCAGCUGAAGUUAAAAUAAGCUGGAAUCUCAAACUAUAGCCAUUUAUUUGCUUUUUAUGAGGAGAAAAAGUAAUUUCCAGGAUGUAGACUACAGUUAAACUGCUG